AUGGUCAUACAUGUGAAAAGACUGCCAAGGACGUUCUGGUUUAAAGUUACAAGACGGCUGCCAGUGGAUUCUCUGCUAAGCUCACUCAACAGGUCGCCGAAAAUCUCCACACCUAAAGAAGAGGUCAAGCGUCUGCCGGGUGGGAAGGUCAAGAAAAAGGAGAAGCUGGAGGUUAUUAUUGAAAAGGUUACACGCAAUAAGCGAAAAUGUAUCACAACUGUCAAAGGACUGGAGCUUUUUGUUGUCAAACUUAGUGGUGCUUCAAAGAAGUUAGGGAAGAAAUUUGCUACAGGAGCUUCUGUUGUCAAGGGGCCAACCGAGAAGGACCAAAUUGAUGUUCAAGGGGAUAUAUUUUAUGACAUUGUGGAGUUCAUUACCGACACCUGGCCUGAUGUAAGCUACUACACAUACUGUCCUUUUAUUUAAACAGCAGAAGUUCCUUAAUUUCCCCAAGAAAGUUAUUCUCUUUGGAUUUUUGUACAAGAAUUUAGGCUAAAGCUGAGUAUUAUGUAGUCCAAGCGAGUGAAUGAGGAUGCUAGUAUAGUUCUAUGAUUUCAGUAGGAUCUUCAAAGCCUCAUAUGUGGCUCAUUAACUAUACAAUCUUAAUAACAAGUUAAGAAAGUAGAACAUGACAAUAUACAAACAGUGGCCAAAAUUUAGUUUUGCGGCGUAUUGAACUUUUGCUGGUGCUAUCAUUUUCAACUUUUGUCUUUGGUUUCUAUUUUCUACGCCCGGUUCCAUGAGGUAGCACCCAUAUUAGGAACUGUUAGUAACGAUUUCUCUAUAAACUGUCAGCAUAUCAAGAUUAUUGUUGCAUGCUUUGUUCUGUUUAUGUACGAAGUAUAUCUCCCAUGGUGGAGAAGGCCAAAACCAUGCUUUAACCAAUUACCGUGCUCUAGGUUUGGCCUGAUUUUCUGAAAUCUAUGUUUUUCUCCGUACCUCUUUUCCUUUUUGCAUUUUCAUUCUGACUUCAAAAAAAAAGAAAUGAAUAAAACAAUACAAGGCUGGUUGGAUUGAGUAUGCAUAAUGCUUAAGUUAUCAUUCAGAUUAAACUGUAAAGUUCUUGGCUGUAGAGAUAUAUUCUGGACUGUGAUUGUUCUGAAUUGAACAUGAACUACUAUCAGACCAAGAAAAAGAACAUUCACUCAAAGAUAAGAUGUUCUUUAUCUGAUUGUUCCUCCCUUCUCCCUCUGUUAUUUCUAGCUAUGUUUAUGUGUUUGUAUUCAACU